UGGAGCAGGGAUCCAAUUUCAACACGGCAGCAUUCCUAAAAAAAUUCAGCUGGCGAGGGAAGGGGUAAGAUCCUGGAUGUUCCCUGAGCACACAACUGGAGGCAGAGGUUGCGUCCAGGCGGGUCGCUGACUUGAGUUGGACUCAGCGGACACGGACACUGUUUCUGAGACAGACAGGGAUGUUGACAGACAACCUGGGAACAAUGGGAAUUUUCAUCCCGCUUCCAUUAUUCUCCUUUGGCAGCUGAUUAACAAACAAGUGAGUUGAUUUUAUCAAACUUCACAUGUUGGUUUGUGUCUUGUUCUGUUUUUGUGUGAAAUAAGUUUAACUUGAGCUUCCUUUUUAUUAAAAAAAGUCUGCAGCAGUACAUGCCCCUCUGCCUUCUUCUUUUAAGGUGAUGUGUGAUGUUUAACGCCCGGAAACCAGAACCACAGAUGGAUCUAUCCCUCUGAUCGCUUUAAAGUUCUGGUGGUCCACACAUUCUCAGGAGACUGGUUUGCAGCGCUCUGCGACUGGCAGGGAUGGAAGGAGAGGAACUAGGACAGCCCGGUGAAGAAGAGGGCAGAGAAGAACACGGGUCUCUAAAGGAGAAGCUGAACAGGGUGGAGAAAGGAGAGAAGGAGAACAACGGGAGUGAGAAAGAGAAGAAGAAAGAGAGGAAACGUUCUGGGUCUCAGUGGAGGAGUGGGUGGGCUCUGAGUGAAAGACUGGCCAUCAACGUAUCAGGGAUGAGGUAUGAGACCCAGCUCCGAACCUUAGCCCAGUUCCCCAACUCCAUGUUGGGUGACCCCAGACGGAGGUCACGGUACUUUGACCCUCUCCGGAACGAGCUGUUCCUGGACCGCAACCGUGCCUGCUUUGAUGCCGUUCUAUAUUUCUACCAGUCAGGCGGGAGGCUCCGCCGACCCGCAAACAUCCCCCUGGACAUCUUUAUGGAUGAGCUGAUGUUUUACGAGCUCGGGGAGGACAUCGUCAACCGCUUCAAGGAGGACGAGGGAUUUUCAAAAGAGGAGGAGAGGCCCCUGCCAGCCAACUGGGUCCAGAGGAAGCUGUGGAUGCUGUUUGAGCACCCGGAGUCCUCUUCAGGGGCUCGAGUCAUCGCCAUCAUCAGCGUGAUGGUGAUCGUGUUGUCCAUUCUCAUCUUCUGCCUGGAGACACUCCCUGCCUUCAAGAGAGAGGAGGACCACUCCCAUGCUAAGAACACUUCUGAGAACAUACCUCCCCCCCCCAGUGUUUUUCUUGACCCCUUCUUCAUGGUGGAGACCGUGUGCAUAUGCUGGUUCUCCUUUGAGCUCAUCAUGCGCCUCGCCUGCUGUCCCAGCAAGACCCAGUUCUUCAAAGAUGUCAUGAACAUCAUCGACUUCAGCGCCAUCCUGCCGUAUUUCGUCACUAUUGGAACUGAGUUGGCCAAAGACGACGACGCCUCUCCAGCCACGUCCUUGGCUAUCAUAAGAGUCAUUAGACUGGUGAGGGUCUUCAGGAUCUUCAAGCUGUCCCGACACUCAAAGGGCCUCCAGAUCCUCGGUCAGACGCUGAAGGCCAGCAUGCGUGAGCUCGGCCUCCUCAUCUUCUUCCUCUUCAUCGGGAUCAUCCUCUUCUCCAGUGCUGUCUACUUCGCAGAAGCCGACCACCACUCCACGGAUUUUGUCAGCAUACCACAUGGCUUCUGGUGGGCGGUCGUUACCAUGACGACAGUUGGGUACGGUGACAUGCACCCUGUGACGGUGUGGGGUAAACUGGUGGGCUCGAUGUGCGCCAUCGCUGGCGUUCUGACCAUCUCGCUGCCCGUGCCCGUCAUCGUGUCCAACUUCAGCUACUUCUACCAUCGAGAGAACGAGUGUGAGGAUCGGACCGUGUACACUCACGUUCAGACUGCCUUGUGGGAGGAGGAGGAGGAGCCAGGGGAAGAGGAAGCAGAGGAUGAGGACCGUGAUGCUGAGGCGGAAUAUUAUGCUGUUGAAGCAAUGUGCAACCCUCUGAACGGGACUUUACUGGGCGGACUGUGUAGCGACCAGACGGAGGAAAACACGGGAGGAAAUGCUUAUCUCAGGGAGCCACUGGUCACUCAGGUUUAGGGGAGUGGAGUGGGUUGUGUACAUUUUAAGAAAGUGAAUAAUAGACAAGAUUUUACCUUUUCUUACUCUGAGCGUCCUCUCCUGACUCUUUUGUUGCUGCACUAGCCAGAUAUAGUCGCAGCUUUUUAUUUAUAUUUGUCCUCAGGGUCCUGAUCUAGAAAGGAAUGCUUCCAGACUGAGACAAUAAAAGACUAGGGGAGUCUGUGCCAUGAAACUAUGAUGUCUUAGUUUAUUUUUGCCUUUCAGUUUGAAUUGCAAGUCAGAACUCAUUCAAACACCAGCAUUGUUUAAAUGAUUAUUUAUUUAUUAUGUCAUUUAACAUUAUUUAGGGCAUGUUUAGGUUGUUUUCAUUUUCACGCACGUUAGAAUAAAAUCUAUUUUUUUGUUUAUCAGUUCACAGCUUCUCUUACCCAUCUCGUGUCUUUGUUUAAAAUUUGCAGCCUUAUUUUGUUUUGAAACUAUCUGAACCAUUUUAAAGACCCACAUGGUUUUUAUAGACAGUCAGCUUCCAGUAACGUUGCUCUCAAUUGUUCUCAAACUCAUAAACUUUCCACUCCAUCAUCGUUGGGACCUGUGGAAGGUAUGCAGACGGAUGCUUGGAGUGCUCCAGUGAUGUGCUUUAGUCUGUCAGGUUAACAGUCAGCAACGUCUCAACAGUAAAUAAAAAAAUAAAAAGCAUUUUUGUGGGAUAAAAUCCAGGUCUCUCCAUCCGAGAACAGAUCAUCUGUGCAGGACUGAAGAACGCCAGUUAUUCAUACACAAACUUACAAAAAGCUUUUAACAUUUUUUAUGUGAAACAGGAAGUGCCAUUUGAGUUGAAAACUGUGACAAGGCAGAAAUAAAUUUUGUUUUUAUAGGUGAAUUUUUUAUACUGAACUUCCAGUCCAGUUUGAGUUGCGUGUAAUUGCUAAAAACAAGAAAUAUUUAUAGGAUUUCAGCUCCUUUUUCCAUGAGAGCACCUUCCAGCUCGACCCUUUAGGGCAGCAGCUCUGAUCCAGGUGGCUCAGAGUUGUAUGACCUAGAAUUUAUUAUCACAUUUACCUAAAAAAGCUUUAAUGUCUAAAUCCUGAAACUUAAAAUGUUGCCAAAAAGAAGAAUUUGUCAAAAUACAAAUGCAUUCAUGUCAUGGUCAUUUUAUAACUUGUAUUCUGUUGCUGUGAUGCUAACUUGUGCCUUAUUUGGGGACAAAUAAAGUUUUUUGAAUCUGAA